AACUCUUCUUUUGUUUGAAACAGAUUUAGACCAUAGUAUUAGAUCUAUUUCGAUCAAGAGUAUUGUUCGGAAAAAAUGGCAUCGUAAUCAGGAUUCUCAGAAAACAAAACUGUUAAGAAUCUAAUUUAGAUUAUUAGAUGUGUAGAUAAAAUUCUUAUGAAGAUAUAAUUCUUAUUGAUGAAACGAUCAAGACGAUGAUAUUUUUCUUGUGAAUUUAACAUUGAAAAUAAACAAUGGCGCAGUAUGAUGCUGCUUUGAGACAAUAUUUAUCAAAGUAUAAGCAUCCAAAUGAAGCCAAAGCAGACAUCUUAAAAACCAUUAACCAAUACAGAGAUCUGCGUCCAUCACUUGACCCGUUUGUAUUUAACGAUGGCACUGAAAGACAACUUGUACAGCUAGAAGGUACUAUUCCAGUCAACUAUAAAGGAAAUACAUACAACAUCCCUAUUUCAAUAUGGGUGAUAGACACACAUCCAUACAACCCACCAAUGGUGUUUGUCAAACCAACAAGCACAAUGCAGAUCAAAUCUGGCCGCUAUGUUGAUACUAAUGGAAAAGUUGACAUGCCUUAUAUACGGGAAUGGAGACAUCCUACUUCAGAUCUCCUCAGUCUAGUUCAAGUACUGGCGCUUGUAUUUGGAGAGGAGUGUCCAGUGUUUUCACGUGCGUCUGGCCCAAGACCUCAGCAACCUCUUCCAUAUCCAGGCCAGCCACCUUACCCAAAUAAUCCUAGCAGUAUGCCACCAUAUCCUGUAACAACCGGUGUAGGUCCAGGAUACCCAGGAGGAUACUCAGCACCAGGAUACCCAGGAUAUCCUAAUAACCAAGCAGGAUACCCAGCAGCAGGCUAUCCAUCCUACCCUCCCCAGUACCCAGCGAGCUCAUAUCCAAGUGGAUAUCCUGGUCAAGCAGGAGGUUACCCACCACAGUUUGGAACCCAGCCUCCAUAUCCACCAAAUUCAAUAACAACUGAUGGUGCAAGUGACAUGUCAAGGCUAACUCAAGGCGGAACAGUAACAGAAGCAGACUUGAGAGCUUCGCUACUCUCUGCUGUAGAAGACAAGAUGAAAAGAAGACUCAGAGAGACAUUUGCCCAAGCUCAGGCUGAAAUGGAUGUUCUAAAGAAGACACAAAAAGAUUUAACUACAGGAAAGGAAAGGAUAGAGAUCAUUAUAACAGAGCUGGAAAAAGAAAAGGCUGAUAUAGAGAAAAACAUUGAACUGCUUAGAGAGAAAGAUAAUGAAGUUAAAGAAGCCAUUCAGAAGAUGGAGUCUAACCAGAAUCUGAGUAUAGAUGAUGCUGUGGUAACCACCACACCAUUAUACAGACAAUUAGUAGAUGCUUUUGCAGAGGAGCAAGCCAUUGAAGAUGCAAUUUAUUAUCUAGGAGAAGCAUUGAGAAAGAAUGUUAUUGAAUUGGAAUCCUUUUUAAAGAGAGUGAGAGAACUGUCAAGAAAGCAGUUCAUGCUAAGGGCUACUAUUCAGAAGUGCAGAGAAAAGGCAGGAUUACCUCCGCUAGCAUAAGUCAAACAAGGUUAAAAGCAGAUGGAAUUUUAAAAUAUUUAGUUUAAUUUAAAUUAAGUUUUUUUUUUCUUUUAAAUAUUUUGCUUUUUUUUUUCAAUGCUGUCACGUUAUAUAUUUUUGUGAAAGUUGUUUCAAAAUUGUAAAUACUUUUAGCCAGCACCCAUGCCACCCAGACUAGUUGAAAAAUAAAUUUCAAUGGAGUUGGCAUGCAAUUCAAAAUGUCAAUACUUUUUUAAUGCAAUGCAUUUGUAUUUGAACAUAUUUUCAACAUACUGAUACCCAAACUAGAACAAAUUAAUACUUGAGUUUGUAUAUAUAGAAAGGAUUAAAGAAAUGUAUUGAUACAAAGGGAAAAUCAUUCAUUUGGGACUGAGUUACACUGAAAUUUACACAAGAUUUUUAGUUCCAAUGUCAAAUAUGUAUAUGUUACUGCAUUGGGCAAAUUUAAGUCUUCAGUUUAUUAGGCAUUAUAACUUAAUUCAUAUAUAUAUAUAUAUAUAUAUAUAUAUAUAUAUAUAUUACAUCCUUUAUCUAUUGAUUUACCUAAUAAAAUAUUUUAGACUCAGCUGUAACUAGACAUUCAGUCUUGUAUCUGUCUGAUAUUGUGCCUCUAUACCAACAGUGUAAACUCUUUUUUUUGUCUAUGAAUGUGAUGUAGGAGAUACUGAUAAAAUAUGCUGGUUCUGUUGCAAACUUUUAAGUUCAUAUCUUAGUUUGGUAGUCUGCAUGUUUGUUUCUACCAUCCAGUGUACAUGGGUCUGAGACCAAUCAUUAUAGAAGGAUUGAACAGUGAGCUGCGAUGUCGCAACCUGGGGGCAGUUUAGGCCUAUAGCUCGUUGCCACAUCGCAAGUCAGUAUUCAGGCCUUGUGUAACGACUGUUCUCUGUUCAGCCCACUCUAGUACCCACUUUACAAAUACCUUGCCUUUUAAAAAUUGUAUAAAAUUCUCGAUGAAGGCUAACUUUAAUGAAACUCUAAGCAAACAAGUGGAGUUUUAAAUAAAAGAAUAAAUAUACAGCUUGUUGUAAGCUAUCCCGACAAGACCAACGUCUAAUCUUUCGACUCAGGACCGGACAUAACAGAAUGAGACAACGUAUGUACC